ACAACCACGUCACGAGCAGAAAUGUCAGCUGCGCCUCUGGGAAUUUUCCUUGAACGGAAAAUUUGUUAGUUAAGUUUCUCAUAGCAAGUCCACAAAAGGGGCUACUUUAAAAUGCUAACCUCGCGUGGACUUAAUUCCUUUUUAUUUCCUUUUAGUUUAAGUAGGAAAAUUUAUCGGUGCUACGGUUUGUGUUGUUUGGAAAAUUUCUUGAAUGGGCACGACGGGAGUAACUUUAGUAGGUUGAUUAGAAAAAAUCAAAAACAGCACUCGAGGUCAUUCUCAAAAUCUCGAAGUAGUGUCAAAAUUACAAACCUGGACGGUGUGGAGAUCUGUGAGAAAGCCAAGAAGAUGGCAAAGUUUAAUUUGAAUGACUACGAUUACUUGGGUUUCGACCUGGACAACACCGUGCUCAGGUACAAUGUGCGGAACGUCGUGAGGAUGGAAUAUCAAGUGAUGGCAAAGUACCUCGUGGAGGAAAAAGGUUACAGCGCCAAAUUGCUCGAGCCCUUGGAAGCCGAUGAGGAUUUCCUUCAAAAAGGCCUCAUCCUUGAUUGUGAGAAUGGGAACAUUUUGCGGAUAUCCCGCUCCGGUGUUGUCCUCCGUGCUGCUCAUGGAAGAAGAUUUCUCACUGAUGAUGAAAUUGCAUCGUAUUAUGGCCCUGAAAGGCGCUGGGAGCUUGGGAGGAAGUUUUCUGAGGAUAUUUUGAAGGUUUGGAAUGGCCCGGUGUCGUUGAAGCUGAGAAAUCUCCUGGACUACUUCGAUAUGCCCGUGUCCCUUUUGUACAGUCGUAUUGUGGAUGCCAUCGAUGCUGAGCGUGGUGGUGUUCAGGCCUCCUACAAUGUAUGGCCUGACAUUCUCUCCGGCCUCGUGCAGAUCUACACGCGUGAGCACUUUCAGAGUGGCGUGAGUGAGUACUUUAAUCUCCUUCGUGAGCAUCCUGAUGAAUAUCUCCACAAAACAAGCCCCAGUGUCAUCACAUGGCUCAAAGAACUCAAACGUACAAAAGCAACUUUCCUCCUUACGGGAUCAAACAUAGAUUUUGCUGACUUUACAGCCAGUUAUGCGCUUGGGAACAAUUGGCGGGAUCUCUUUGAUUCAGUCAUUUGUUUUGCCCGAAAGCCAGCAUUCUUCUUCGAUCAUCAACGUCCCUUCCUCGACGUCUCGGGCUACGAGGAGUGUGGACCUGCGAAUUCCUUGCAAAUCAAUAAAGUCUACUCGCAAGGCAAUGCCAAAGAUCUCAUGGAGAUUCUCAAGCAGAAGAAACCCAUGGAUAAUCCCAAUAUUCUCUACAUUGGAGACAAUCUCAUUCAGGAUGUCUUUACGCCAUCCACCACGUGUGGUUGGGACACCGUAGCCGUGAUUGAGGAACUAAAUAUUCGUCAAGAUGAUGAGAAACUUCUUAAAUCCACCUGCUGGGAUUCCUAUUUCAGCUGUAGUGGACAAAAAUCAUUCUGGAGUGAAAUUAUUGAGAAGCACUCCAGAAUUUGUGUGCCAUCCUUAGAUGUACUUGCCCAGAAACCAAUUGAUUAUUCCUACCCAGCUUUUGGGGAUGAUUCCGAAAUUAAUGGCUACCACAAGUAUUGAGGAAGUUAACAUUUCCAGACAAAUUCCUGCUCAAAAUCGCGCAAUAGUAUCAAUUCCCAGUAUCCUUGAAGCCCAAUUUUUAGGCUCAGCUGCUAACCGAAGAAAUCCCAGAGAUACAAAAAAAUCCUUCAAACAACUCCGUAGCUAUCGUUACCAACAAGAG